AUGGGGCGUGGGACCCUGAGGCCACGUGGCGAUUUAACCACAGUAUCUUCGGCCGUGUCUUUUAUGGCCUUCGGCUUCGGCCUACAAUACUGCGGUCGCGAGGCCGAGAGGAUUCUGCCUUUGCAGCUUUUCUUUUGUUUUCAGGAAGGCGAAAUGCCUAACGAAACGGCACAAACAUUGCCCCCACAUCCCUGGAUUCUUCGGUCGCGACCUGGGCAGAGGCCAAAUGGAUUCCAAGGGAUGGACCCUUGGCAUUCCUCCUGA